AUAUAGACCUCUAAAAAUCUAUAGAUAUUGCAAUAAUGGUUACUGUAUAUAUAGGUAAUUAAGUUAUGUGUAUGAGCCAAGCUAAUGCUCAACAAAUAGGAUUAACCAUCGGUUUUAAUACGAUUAUUAGGGCAGCAGGCUAGCUACCUCUGUGGCUUCUUUUUCGUUUCGAUGGAAAUCAGAAAAAAUGGGAAAGGAUGACGCGGAAACAACAGCCUUAAAAAAGGAAUUGGAGGAUCUCAUCAACAAGUGCAAGGAGGAUCAGAAAAAACAACAGGACACUACUUUGGAGGAAGCAUGUGGUAGCGUGGCAGAUGCUCCAAAAGUAAAAUUAUCUACGAAGAAGUUAUUGAAAGGUCAUAUAAAUAAGGUGAACUCCGUACAUUUCAGCGGCGACAGCAGACACUGCGUAACAGGAUCAUUGGAUGGAAAAUUAAUAAUUUGGGAUUCUUGGACCGGAAAUAAAGUCCAAGUAAUACCAUUACGUUCGGCUUGGGUAAUGUCGGUGGCAUUUGCACCUUCCGGUAAUUUUGUUGCCUGCGGUGGAAUGGAUAAUAUGUGUACCAUUUACGAUGUUAAUAAUCGCGAUGCCACCGGCUCUGCUAAAAUCACCCGAGAGUUACUCGGCUAUGAAGGAUUUCUUUCGUCUUGUAGAUUUCUCGAGGACAAAAGCAUUAUUACUGGCUCCGGCGAUAUGAAAAUUUGUAUAUGGGAUCUCGAGGCGAAUAAAAAAACUACGGACUUUUGUGCACACGCGGGAGACGUUGUAAGCAUAAGUCUUUCUCCUGAUGGUAACACUUAUGUAACCGGUUCCGUUGACAAGACUUGUAAACUUUGGGAUUUGCGAGACGAAACUGCCAAACAGACAUUCUUUGGACACGAUGCUGAUGUCAAUUCCGUUUGCUAUCAUCCUUCGGGACAAGGUUUCGUAACAGCCUCGGAAGAUAAGACAGCUAGAUUAUGGGACUUCAGAUCCGAUCAGCAAUUAGCAACGUUCAAACCACCAAAUUCAAAUCCAGGAUUUACAUCUUGCGGAUUAUCACUCAGUGGUAGAUUCAUAUUUUGUGGAAGCGACGAUAAUUCUAUUCAUAUAUGGGAUACGUUGAAGAAUCAACACAAUGGUAUUCUAUCGGGCCAUGAAAAUAGAGUAACGUCGCUCAGUGUUACUAAUAAUGGUAUGGCAGUAGCCAGUUGCUCUUGGGAUCAAAAUGUUCGAAUUUGGGUAUAAAAUGUUUGCGAUAAAUAAUUAUUAUUUAUAAAGUGUGCUUAUGAAAAAUAAAAUAAAAUGAAAAAAAAAAAGAAAACAACGAAAAAAGAAAAUAAAUAAGAUAAUAAAAAAGAAAUUACAAAGAAAUUCGAAAACACGAAGGACGAUUGAAAAUUGUUUGAUAAUUGUACAUAAAUACUUAAAAGUCAUAGAAUAAUGAUUAUUUUCAAUUGUUGUCACGAUAAAACAAUUUAUAGAGUGAUCGUUCGAUACAAUAAGUAUUUAUGUUUAUACCAAGAAAUUACGUUUCUUAUAAUUUAGUUUAAUAAUUUAGUCGAUCUCAUGUACUAAUCAAUGAAUGCAUACACAUAUAAAUGUCUGGUGACUUUUAGAAGAAGAAAUAUAAUUUAUGUUAUAACGCAUUAAUGAGAGUUUUUCAUUUUUAAUAUAAUUGACGAUUUAUAGAAUUUUAUUUAAAAAAUUUGAUGCUUUAAAUAUAAAUGCUAAUCCUAAUUGUUCUCAUUGUAAACAUUCGUAUUCUAUUUUUAUUUGUUUAAUCACAAAAUAGAGUAAUUUAACAAUUGCCAUUAAAAGAAAAAAAGAACAAAAAAAAAAAAAGAGAAAAAAGAAAAAAUGAUAAUUAGACAAAUGCUUCAAUCAUUAAAUCAAACAUUCUUAAACAUUGAAAAAACAUUGUAAGUGUUUCGUAUCGAUUUGUGAUUAGUAUGAAUACUUUCGUCGUAAUAAAAAACUGCAAUAAAAAAAUACAUUUGGAAUAAA